GAAAAAAGGGUUUAUUCAUUCAAUCUGCCAGAUUGUCCAUAUUUUAUCAAAAAGGAAUCUGAACUUCUUGAUGAUAGCAGCCAAAAAAUGGCCGUCGAUUCAAAGGAGUAUGUGAGAAUAAUAUCACUGAGUUAA